CAUACCCCCGUUUAUGGCCUCACCCUCUCCUCUGUGUCGCCCCCCUCACAAUCCACUGUUCCCAUCCCGUCCCCAUCCGCCUGCAUCUAGAUCUCCAGUGAUUCGAGCUCCCUCUCCCAUUCUGAUCCGGUCAUGGCGUCUUCUUCUUCGUCAAUUCCUACCGUCUCUCUCGCCGGAACAGAGGACAUCGCUCCUCUCCCCCUCAUACGAUGCCCUAGAUGCAACACUGGGGUGAUCUAGUGGUUCAUCUCUGAGACUCCCCUCAACCCCGGUCGGCAUUUCUACAAAUGCUAGUUCCGCGAUUCUGGGCGUUGCACUUUUUGGAAAUGGGAGAACAAGUACAUCGACUACCUUCACUCUAGAUGGGCACACGUUUUUCUUCCAGUACAUGCUUCUGCCCAGGAAAUCCCCACCGUGAUCCUUCGUGACAUUCAGUCAGACCUGAAGAUUGCUCUUGCCGUUGCACUUGGUACCCUUGCUGCUGUGAUGAUGCUUCUAGUCUCCAAGAUGUAGAUCGGUUCUAAUGAUGUAAUAGGCUAAUAUAUAAUUAGUAUGAUCAGUACGCGAAGCAGACCCUAUCUAUGCAACCAUGUAAUAGCUAGCUAUGAUCCUGAUCCUGAAUCCACUUACCUAACUCAGUUAGCCCCUCUGUAAAUUUUCAAAUAAGUCAUACAGAGGUGCUAAUGUGAAAGUUUGAAUAUAAUAUAUUCUCAUCCUGCUCCAUUUCUUUGUUUUCAUCAUUUUAGUUAUACUAUCUUUAUUUUCACCAUCAGUAAUGUCUGCUAUAAUUCAGCAUUUUUACCAUGGAUGUAACAUUUUUUAUACUAUGAUAUUAAAAUCCGAAACAAGAAUUCAUUACACCUGGAGCAGGCAGUCAUUAAUUUUCACUGUUAUACAUUUUUCACAUUUAAUUUCAUUAAUUUCUCCUUUUUGACUACUACUGUGUGCACAGUUCCGAGCUCGGUCCCCUUUAUCUUCUUCUUCCUCUGUCCCAGAUAGCUUUUCCCCUCAUCUUCUUCUGUCCCUGCCCUUUCCCCUGUUCUACCUCCUAUGGUCUUCUUCUUCUGCCACCUGCAUCUUUGCUUCUUCUGAACAAGAUCCACACAAAAUGUCUUCACCACUUGCAUGCCCUACCGAAGAUCCAGACCCUCUUGAUGACCCUGAGUUCUUCAAUAUACAUUCUACUGGGCCAAGUCAAACAUCGAGGACUUCUGUGCAGAAGGUACUUUCAGUAACAUCUCAGUUCGACGAGUACAAAGUUUUCCUUGAUCAAGACAUGGGUUGGGGAGGUAUCCUCAAAAUCAGACCACUACCAAGGAUCAACCUUAAAUUCAGUAAAUGGGUCAUGAAUAGAGUGGACACAAUUAGCAGAUCUAUCAUUCUUGAUAAUCUUAGAAGGUUGAGGUUCACAGAUGUAGAUGUUCAUAAGGUAUUCGGUAUACCAUGUGGGCAACUGGACAUUGCAAAACAGGAGCCACCUAACGAAACCACAGUAAACAACAUAUGUGCCGCCCUCGGGAUGCCUGAAAAGGGAAAUUAGAUAUUGAAAUCAGCUGAGAAAGUUUUAUGCCGUCCACUGUCAGAAAUUUUUUCAUCAACUAUCGAGAAAGACAGUUUUAAAAUGCCUUUAGUUAUUUUUGCCAUGGGUCACUUGCUUGCACCAACCAGCAAGCAUGAUGCCGCUACAAUUGAUUACUGAGCAGCAUUAGUUAACCCUGAGAGAAUAUCUGAUUUCAAUUGGUGUGAGUAUGUAUUACAAGAUUUGUUGAAAGCUGUAUCCAAGUUAAAAGCUGACAUCCUAAACAACCGAGCCAUCACACACUUAGAAGGUUGCCAUAUUUUCCUUCAGGUUUUCUACCUUGAUAAUGUUGACCUAGGAAUUUUCAAUAUGUCACACAACACACUCCCAAGGAUAUUGGAUUUCGAUCUGUCAACUUUUCGUGCGAUGAUCCUCCAGUGCAGCAGCCCUUCAAAGAACACGGAAGACUAUUCCAAAGUCCGGAUCCGUCCAGCUGCUGAAAUUUGUUACAAAUGAGCUGUUUGGGAUUCUACACCAGACAUUCAUACUCCUAUAGCAACCAAUGGACCUGCUAACAGCGACAGUCGCAGUCUACAGCUACCUCAACAGAAUAUUCGUCGCCAAUAUAGCCCUUCUAUAAGUACUGGAACAUCGGGUAUACAAUGAAGUUGGUAUAAUGCUUAAACAACACAAUGCCAUAACAUUCAAGAUGAUUGCCGAUGCAAAAGGUUCAAUUUUAAAGGAGAAUCUUCGUUUCCUCAACAAAAUAGCCCCCAAGUUGGAGAACAGAUGCACAUGAUGUUUAAAAAGAUCAAUGCCAUGCCUUCUUCAGCCCAAUACUCAAGGACAGUCCCCCAAUGCAAGCUCAUUCACCACACCGGAUCCUAAUUAUGCAUUGAAACAUCGGCAUCUGUAUAAUGAUGAUUCAGAAGCCGACAGUCGAACCGCAUCUUCAUCAACCAAACGGAAAGCACUUCAUAGCUCACACGACAGAACAACUGUCGGCACUUCAUCAUUCCACACACCUGAAUCUUCCAAUGCUGCUCGUAACAAGUCCAAGCAUGAUACUAUCAAAUCAUGGGCAGACACAAUUGCUGGUGGAAUUUUCAUGUACAAUGAUGACAUAUCUAUCCCCGAUGGAUCCGUAAUUCUUGGUCAGUCAUCUGCACAACCUACUGAAAAAGUUUCGGUCAACCAUUCUCAUUACGCCAUCAGUCAUUGGUCAUUAGGUGCGACCAUCGACUUCCCCUCAAUCUCACAUCAAGACCGAUUGGCAACUACAAUUUACCGCCUACAAAUAGCUGACAAAGAACGAUUCAGCAUCACACACCCAAGACCUAGGUUCAUAUCUUUGUCAUGUGAGGCAAUUGCAGAUCAACUAGUUGGUACAGACAUAAUUGACCAUGAAUUGUUUUCGUUGCUAAUCUGCCGUACUAGACAAAUUGAUCAAGAAUACCUUUACCCACAAAAUUCAGGGCCAUGCCGCCAUUUCCUCGAACAAGAUUUUGCGACUAGUGCUUUAUCCAAUGAAAAGGUCUGGCUUCUCAAAUCAGUACAAAACCAGUUCAUUGGGAAACUUGUUCCUUACAACAUAUCUCAAUGCAAAAUGUGGCACAUACUUGCUAUUCUAGAAUCCGGCUGGGCGAUUUUCACAUGGGACAUGCUACGAAAAACAAUUUAUAUCCUUGAUGCUACCUCAGGGCUCACUAGCCAACUGAAGAAGAUGCAUGAAAUUGUUGCUGACAAAUUACAUGUUGCCCUUUUUGCUUGCAUCUUGAUUUAUUUUUUAAAAGUGGCAUGUCGAUUAUUCAAACUGGAAGAAGAAAUUCCCUUUCCUUACAACAUUUCUCUUCCCAAAGAACGAAUCAGGCGUCUGCGCCAUUCACCUUGCAAGACAUUUUAAUGGAACAUCUCUUGAAGAAAUUUUGACUCAUGAUGGAUUAAAUAGGGAGAGAGGAUUCCUGCUUCACCAAAUCCUACUGAUAAAGGGGAACAUAUCAAACCUACCACAACCUCUCCAUGAAGCCCUAGUCAGCAACUGAAGAACUUGAAAAUGCAGCUCACUUGUUUUCCACCUUUGUUUUUAUGCUUGAUGAUAUCAUGUACUAUGACUUUUAAUAAAGAACCAUUGUGUGCUGUC